AUGUACAACCUAGUAAGAAAUCUAAAGAAAGUCUACUUUGACGAUAUUGAUGAAAAGCCAAUUCACACAAAAUCACUUAUAAUCUAUUCGAACGAGAUUGCGAAAGCAAGUUUGAUAGGCGCCCUUCAAAGAAUCGCCCAAUUCGGCGAGCUCCGAAACACACUUCGAGCUAUCAUCGUCACCUCUGCCUCAUUAUUCAUCAUUAUAUGCUAUAUAGUGGUGAAUCGUCAUCUAAUAUUUCAUGAAAACGCCAAAAUCCAUCGAUUCUACUACGCCGAGUACAUUUACAUACCAUGUUUGGUUAUAUCUUUUGCAAUUCUGAUUCUAAUCCAUGCUAUGAUGUGUGUGGCCCUUCAAAAUUUUCGAAUCACUAUUCAACUACUCGGCGAAACCGCGCAAAUCGUGAUUCAUCGAUUUUUGAACACUCUAAACACAUUCCUCUCGGAAUUGGAGUGUGUUGCUCCGAUAUAUGGCGCCGAGAAUGGAUUGCGGCACACACGAGCCGACUUCGAGCCCGUUGUCCAUCGAACCGAAAUCCCAUGGAAAAUGUUCAAAAAACAGCUCACCUUCUUGGAAAUCUACUUCCAUUUAAGCGUGACAGUUCCGGUUUGCGUUCAGCUCCCAAUUCUGCUCGUCACCAUCGCUUGUUUCGUCUUCACCGGCAUCAAGACGGAACGCAAAUGCCUUUGUCAUUCGAGUCAUCGGCAUGUUGCGUAUGAUAAUCAUGAAAUUGAUGCGAAUUUUUCUGGCUACCGUAUUCCCGCUAAUGUUUUUCCAUAUCGUCUCUAUACUAUUCUACAAGUAUACGUCGACUUUUGCGGUGUCGCUGGGACCACAAUCAAAACAUGUAUACGACUUCAAUUCACAAUUCACGAUUGA